GGGGCCGCCGCCUCUGGCUUCACUUUGCUGUCGCUUUGCUGCAGAUCCAGCACAAUGCAGGCUCCCGUGGCUCUGCUGGGCUCCCCAGCUCUGUUCCGCUGCUGCUCCCGGGCUCUGGCCAGGCCUGUGUCCAUGGCUGUGUUCAGCAGGCCUGAGGCUCAGACUGCACAGGUGAGGCUGGGGAUGGGCUUUGGGGUCAUCCUGGUCCUGAUCCCUGAUCCCCCAUCCUGUUCCCUGACUCUGGCUCGUCUGGGGCAUUAUCCCCUGAUUUUAUUCCCUGGUUUGGGGCAUUAUUCCCUGAUUUUAUCCCUGAUUUUAUCCCAUUCCAGGAACCCCUCUCUGAAGCAGCAGCUCUUCUCCUACGCCAUCCUGGGCUUUGCCCUGUCCGAGGCCAUGGGGCUCUUCUGUUUGAUGGUGGCAUUCCUGAUCCUCUUUGCCAUGUGACACUGCAGGGCUCUCCUCCUCCAGCCUGACCAGUAAAAUCUGCAUUUCUCUACUCAAA